ACCACCACUCCACCUCCUCCUUCUCUCCUCCUCCUCCUCCUUCUUCUCUCCUCUUGAGCCUGAAAACACCAUUGCUCAUUCCCAGCCGUGACAUUUUCCAGCCUGUCGCCGUAUGCUGCGCGGCCAGCAAAACGCAAGGAGCCAAAAAAAAAAAAAAAAAGCGGGGGAAGGAGGGACGCUGUCUGUCCGACCGUCUUCCACAGCACCGGGCAUCCCGACGCUCUGCGAUCCGGAGCGAGAGGCGCACCAGGCGGAGGCGAGGCGCUGCAGGAAGCCGCCGCUCCCUUUCACACCCGGGGAUUCUGGACUACACCGGACACGGCCCGAACAGGACAGGAUACGGCGAGCGUUUAGGUCUCGGACCCCAGAGGCAGAGGAAGGGAGAAAAGCUCGCUGCACUAGCCGAGCAGCGCAUCAUCAUCCCCGGUGUAGGACUGGCUGUCGAGUCGCAUGGAGAAGAGGUAUGAAGAGCUGGUGCACUACUCAGGGUCAGAGGGCAUGUCUGUGGGGGGAUACGGGGACGAUGUCAGGGGGCUUCCUCCCCCGCAGUACGGACCCACCAUCCCUGACUCCCUUAAACACCACAAGGACCAGAUCUAUGGUCACCCACUGUUUCCACUGCUGGCCUUAGUGUUUGAGAAGUGUGAGCUGGCCACCUGCUCCCCUCGAGACUCCACCUCCCUCUCAGCAACCUCCCACCUCCCCGGCAUGACCAAUCACAGCGACGUCUGCUCCUCCGAAUCCUUCAAUGAUGACAUCGCCGCCUUCGCAAAGCAGAUUCGUUCAGAGAAACCAAUUUUUUCUUCCAAUCCCGAGCUGGACAAUUUGAUGAUCCAGGCCAUACAGGUUCUUCGCUUUCAUUUACUGGAGUUAGAGAAGGUGCAUGACCUGUGUGAUAAUUUUUGCCAUCGCUACAUCACCUGUCUGAAGGGCAAAAUGCCCACAGACCUCGUGCUGGAUGAGCGGGAGGGUGGCUCCAAGUCUGACAUGGAGGACUUCACUGGGUCCUGCACCAGUCUGUCAGAGCAGAAUGCGUCGUGGUUACGAGAGCCAGAUGAAUGUGCCACCACUCCUCUGGGAACACCAGGCACCUGUGGCCUGCCUUCACACAGCACAGCAGACAACUGUAGUGAUGCAGGCGAUGGUCUUGAUGGAGGAGUGGCCUCCCCCAGCACGGGUGAGGAGGACGAGACGGACAGAGACAGGAGGAACAACAAGAAGAGAGGAAUCUUCCCCAAAGUGGCCACAAACAUCAUGAGAGCUUGGCUCUUCCAGCACCUGUCGCAUCCGUACCCAUCUGAGGAGCAGAAGAAGCAGCUGUCGCAGGACACGGGACUGACCAUCUUGCAGGUCAACAACUGGUUCAUCAAUGCCAGGAGGAGAAUAGUCCAGCCGAUGAUUGACCAGUCAAAUCGCUCAGGUCAGGGUGGUCCCUACAGCCCGGAGGGCGCAGCUCUCGGAGGCUACGGGCUUGACGGGCAGGCCCACCUUGGGCUUCGAACAGCAGGUCUCCAGGGAAUGUCCUCCCUGCAGGGUGACUACCCCGGCGCUCUUCUGUCCCAACCAGGCUACCCUCCCCACCCAGGACCGUCCCUCCAUUCUUACCCAGGCCCACACCCUCACCCAGCCAUGCUGCUCCACCCGCCGCCACACGCACACCCCGCAGAGCCGCUCCUCACCCAAGGACUGGACAUACACGCACACUAGCUGUGGGAGGAGCUGGGGUGUAUACGUGUGUUUGUUUCUGCGUGAGGGAAAAUUACUGUUUGAAUGUGUGUAUGUGUUUCGAGGGAUAUAUAUGCGUGUGUGUGUGCGCGUGUAUGUGUGUGUGCGUGCGCGCAUGUGUGUGUGUGUGUGUGUGUGUGUGUGUGUGCACGGCUGAGUAUGUGUAAUGAUGGUACACUAUUUAAAGAAAAAGACACAUUUCUCCAAAAGUUUACAUUCCUCACUGAAAGACACUGACCUCAAUGUAGCUGUCCCGCGCUUCAACACACACACACACACACACACACACACACACACACACACACACACACACACACACACACACACACACAAACAU